AUCGUAGGUAUACUCCGUACAGUCGGUGUAAGCGAGCGUUUGGAAGCUGUUGUUGCAUUUUAACUAAAAAAUAUAUAUAUAACUUUUUAAAUUCUUAAUUAUCAACUUUUUGCUAUUGCGGUAUCCUUCGCAAUUCUUCAUCAUAUAUAUAUAUAUAGAGAGAGAGAGAGAGUGAUUUAGAAAAAGCAGUGCUUUUCGCCUUCAUAUAGCAUCAGUAAUAACAAUACAAUAAAAUCAAAAUAAAAAAAUAACAACAAAAAACAUGAAAUUCUUUAUACUCACAAUAAUAAUUGUUGGCGUAGUAUUCGCUGGAUACGUUGAUCUCAUUCAUGCAGCUACUCUACCCGAUUACGUUAUUCCUUGUAAACGGAACGAUCCAAAUAUAGAGAAGUGUAUAGUUAAUGCUGUUAAUCAUAUAAAACCACAUCUAAAGAAUGGCAUUAAGGACUUGAACGUCCCAGCAAUGGAACCUUUAUCAUUAGGCACUUUAAAUAUUUUGGAAAGCGGCAGUUCGGGUAUCAAUGUCAAGGCGAUAGAUCUUAAUAUUUAUGGUGCAUCAAAUUUCGAAAUUCGAAAGUUUAAAAUAAGCGAUGAUGGUCUACGAUAUGAUUUCGAAUUGAAUUUACCUCAUUUGGAAGGCGAAGGUCAUUAUGAUAUAAGCGGAAAAAUUUUAACACUACCCAUUAAAGGAAGGGGUCCCUUUACGGGGAAUUUUGAUAAUUUCUACGCUUUUGUUAAGCUGAUAGUUGAGAAGACAGUUAUCGAUGGUGAAGAGUAUUUACGAGUAAAAGAUCUUCAGGUUAAGGUACGAACUGGUAAAGGCAAUAUAAAUCUCCAAAAUCUGUUUAAUGGCGAUAAAACCUUGGGCGAUGUAGUCAACGAUACAAUUAAUCAGAAUUUCGAGCUAUUCACGAAUGAGUUAAUUGGCCCGAUUGAACGCGCUUUAGAUAAAAAAUUCCUUGCAAUCGCUCGUAAAAUUAUGGAGAAUUUUACUUAUAACGAACUGUUUCCAACUAAUUAA